CCUUCCACUCGCCAAGCCGGCCGCGUCGUGAGGGGGCCGGCAAGAGGAGUUGGGCGGCCGUGCGCAUCCUGGCGACCUGAGUGGCGAACAUGUCGGACAUCGGGGACUGGUUCAGGAGCAUCCCAGCCAUCACGCGCUAUUGGUUCGCCGCCACCGUCGCGGUACCCUUGGUCGGCAAACUCGGCCUCAUCAGCCCGGCCUACCUCUUCCUCUGGCCCGAAGCCUUCAUCUAUCGCUUCCAGAUUUGGAGGCCAAUCACUGCCACCUUUUAUUUCCCUGUGGGUCCAGGAACUGGAUUUCUUUAUUUGGUCAAUUUAUAUUUCUUAUAUCAGUAUUCUACACGACUUGAAACAGGAGCUUUUGAUGGGAGGCCAGCAGACUAUUUAUUUAUGCUUCUCUUUAACUGGAUUUGCAUCGUCAUUACUGGCUUAGCAAUGGAUAUGCAGUUGCUGAUGAUUCCUUUGAUCAUGUCAGUACUUUAUGUCUGGGCCCAGCUGAACAGAGACAUGAUUGUAUCGUUUUGGUUUGGAACACGAUUUAAGGCCUGUUAUUUACCCUGGGUUAUCCUUGGAUUCAACUAUAUCAUUGGAGGCUCGGUAAUCAAUGAGCUAAUUGGAAAUCUUGUUGGACAUCUUUAUUUCUUCUUAAUGUUCAGAUACCCAAUGGACUUGGGAGGAAGAAAUUUUCUAUCCACACCUCAGUUUUUGUACCGCUGGUUGCCCAGCAGGAGAGGAGGGGUGUCAGGAUUUGGUGUGCCCCCUGCUAGCAUGCGGCGAGCCGCUGAUCAGAAUGGCGGAGGUGGGAGACACAACUGGGGCCAGGGCUUUCGACUUGGUGAUCAGUGAAGGAGUAGCCCCUGGCCCACACGCCAGCUGCUCCACUCAGAUGACAUUUCCUCCCAGUGCUGGGUGUGCUUAACAACCAAGUUAUAGCUAACGCUGUUGGACCUGACACACACUGAAUGUGGUCUUUCAGUACGAGACAAAAUUUUUUAAAUCUUGAAGAAAAAUAUAAGUGUUCCUCAAGUGAAGAAAAAUAUGUGUUCCUCAAGUUCCAUGAUUCUCAUUCAAGUUCUUACUGCUAUGAAGAACAAAUAUCAACUGUGCAAAUUUUGAAACUGA